AUGGCGACUGCCACCUCCAGCCCGCCCUGUGAGCCGGAUUGGUUCGAUCUCGGCAUCUACACACCUAAGAAUUUAGCUCGGGGCGCCCGCGCAGCCCUCCUUCGAGACAGUUCACCCGUAGAGGUCACCGACAUUGGCUUCUCACCCGUACGGGGCAGGACCGCCCAAACGCCAUCUUCACCACUCACCCGCAUUUGCAAUGCUGCUAUUGCGGAAGGACAGCAGCACGACGAUUUCCCUGCGCUCCCUACACCGGUCAUACACGAACAGCAGCAGCUACCCAUCGACAUCACGGAAGCAGCCAACCAGCUCGCGGACGAGCAAGUCGCCGCCUACAAAGCCAAACUACGAGUCUUCCGGGCUUUCUGCUCACACUUCAAUGAGGCAGCCAAAGAAUUUCCCUCCGGCCCGGAACGCGACUUCGCCCAGCACUUCUCCAGCAGCUUCCUUGGAUUCUGGAAGCGAACGCUUAGCAAUACUCAAUCCGCCUCUACGCCGACCUACAGCAAAGUUGCUGCCCAUGCCAAUUCUCCUCGCACUCUCACAACCACGACACACAACGCGCAGGCUUUUCAUGCGCACAGCCAAUCCGCUCCUACCCAUCGCCAAGGGCAACCUGCGGUUCCUGCCCCACCCCGGGAGGACCUUCGGGUAUUCGUCCGUCUCAACGCCGACGCCCCGGCCAGAAACCAUAUCGGCUACGCCAUUCGUGCUCAUGUCGCCAGCAAGACCGGCAUUGAACUCAAUCGAAUCCCGCAAGUGCUUCAAGUGAACACUGGGUGGGCCAUACGUGCUAUAGACAAGCUUACACGCGAUCUUCUCGUAGAGCGCCAAGCAGAAUGGGCCGAAGACCUUGGCGCAACAGCCGUAGAGACCAGCCAGAAAUGGUACACAUAUGCUGUAGACAACUGCCCUCGUAGGCUCACUGACCUGUAUGGAAACGAACUGAACUACGAUGCGGCUGUCCAUGACGAGAUCAACCACCAGACGGGACUCACGCCGGUCAGCGUACGAGUCCCCCAUCGUGAUAAUGAACAACUUCCAUACAAAACGCUUAUCAUUUCCUUCCUUGAGCCAACAAAAAGGUCUUGGACUCUGUUCGGCACCAGCCGACUAGCCAGGCUGAUCAAAAGAACCAACCCUCCCAAGCAGUGUGAAAACUGCUGGGAUUACCAUACACGACAUGCAUGCAACCGACAAACACGAUGCAAACGCUGCGGAAAGACCAACCACGACAGCGAAAGCUGUACUGCCGCCGAGCAGUGCGCCAACUGCCUCGGGCCGCACACUGCGGACCUCGCAACAUGCCCGGCGCGGCCAAAGAGAGCCCAUGGUCUGUUCCAUCGUCUCCCCAGAGAACAGCGUGCAUUGAUCAGACAAAUGGGCUCCCAACUCUUCGAACAACACCAGGCCAAACAACCACGGCCCUCUCAGGCGAUAACUAACAACCAUCCGGCACCAGAGGUCGUGGCUGAACAACAGCGUGCUCCAAUGGCGGUCAUGGAGCCGCCUCGGGAUCAUGUGAAUCCUCAGGACCUGACGGCGCCGGGCAAACACCAACCCAUGCUCUCCAUGAGUAGACGGCCAAGAACAUACAACAAUGAGAAGAAGACGUUGAAAGUCUUCCAAGCGAACGUGGGCAAGAUCCCGGCCGCCCACGACUGCGCUCUAGCACUGGCCGACUCAGAAAAGCACGACAUUGUUCUUCUUCAAGAACCUUGGACCGAGGCAAAGAACUCCCGAUGCCUCACAAAGACGCAUCCAGCGUACGAGACGUACUCCCCCGUGGACAGCUGGGACGGCAACGAUACGCGGCCCAGGGUCAUGACGUACAUUCGCAAGAACUCGCGUAUCUUAGCAGAUCAGGCGCGACCAGCACUUAGUCGCGACAUACUGUGGGUAACAGUCAACGGAAUGACCAUCGUGAACUUCUACCGCCAACCCUGUCACGAUACCGCACUAAAUGUUCUGCUGGGGUGGUCACCACCGGAGAGGUGCGUGGUAGCAGGUGACUUCAACGCCAAACACUACUCCUGGCAGACGGGAAGAUUAGAAGAUCGGGGGGAAGAUAUUGCCGCCUGGGCGGCCCAAAACGGUCUCAGCCUGUUGAAUACUGCAGAUGUGCCCACAAACCCUCACGGCAACACAAUCGAUCUAGCCUUCUCCAACAUUGCUCUGGCAGCCGCCGUCGUGGAAGAUCACCUUGCCACUAGCUCUGACCAUUUCACCCUCUGCCUCACGCUGCCGGAUAUUACCCUCACCCUCCCACAAGUGCCAGGCAAGGUCCGGGUCACCACCGAAGACGAACUGCGGCGCUUUAGGGAACUCGUUCUGACAGGAAUAUGGCGAAUACCACAAGGCAAUGCAACAGCCCUGGAGCUAGACAAUCUGGCCGCGGCAUUGGUUGACCUUCUUCAGUCGGCAGCCACUGCCGCCGGACGCCCGGUAAGGAAAGGGACCCGGAGUGCGCCAUGGUGGACUGAAGAUUGUGCCGGCGCAGCCGCAGAAUACCGCGCUAUCAGAAGGAUUUUCCCACUGGGCUUCAAUCGGGACAUUCAACUUGCGAGAAAAGAGUUCCAACGUGUAGUUCGCCGCGCCAAGCGUCAGUACUGGCGCAACCUCAUCGACGGAUUUUCAGACAGCGCAUCAGUCUUCAAAGCAGUCCGAUGGCUCAAGGCCCCGGGAGCCUUCCAACCACCACCGCUCCAGGUUGGUGACAUUGUGUACGAAACUCAAAUCGACAAAGCAAACGCUCUGAGACGCUGCACGCUGGAGCGCCGCACAGCAGCAGAUGACAUUCCAGAUCCAUGGAUUCCAGUCAGUCCAUCUCGUGCGAUACCCUUUGGCCAAGAAAUCACACUCCAGGAAGUGGAGGAUGCUACUAUCAAGACGGGUAACACGUCACCCGGAGCUGACAACAUCACGGUCAAGCUGCUACAAGCAGUAUGGGACAUCAUAGGAGACCACGUCCGACGCCUCUACGAGGGUUGCCUGGCGGCAGGCCACCACCCGAAAGCCUUUCGAGAAGCAGAAGUAGUCAUGAUCCCUAAAUCGGGGAGAAGAAACCUUUCAAAGCCCAGGGCGUGGCGCCCCAUCUCACUCCUCUCCUGUCUUGGCAAGGGUCUCGAGCGUCUUAUCGCUCGCCGUCUAGCAUGGGCUUCGAUAAACUACGGAGUCCUCCACCCGCAGCAGGCUGGGGCUCUCCCAAAAAGAUCGGCUGUUGACUUGGUCGCAGCAGUGGUUCACGACAUCGAAGAGACACUCGCACGUGGACAGGUGGCCACACUGGUCACUGCCGACAUUCAAGGAGCGUUCGACUCGGCUCUCUGCAACCGCCUUGUUUUGCGACUCCGUCAACAGGGCUGGCCCGACAAUCUUGCACGAUGGGCAGGCUCGUUCAUGAGCGGCCGUUCCGCCAGGGUCAGAUAUCAGGACAUCACCACACUGACGACGCCACUGCAGUGUGGCCUUCCACAAGGGUCGCCCGUAUCCCCGAUCUUGUUUCUGUUGUACACGGAGCCGGUCUAUCGCUUGGGCGAACCCGAGCGACGGUUCGACUACGCGGACGAUACAGCAAUUCUCUGCACAGGGGACACUGUGGGAGAGACAGCCAGGAAAGCGUCGGCAUAUAUUCAAGAGCUCGUGGAUUGGGGCGCCGCCAACGGCGUUUCAUUUGACCCGGACAAAACAGAAGUUAUGCAUUUUUCAUUGAAGACACGGGAAGCCAGGCCGCCCAUCCGACAUGGCGACGCGGUAAAGCACCCGGAAAAGGCCAUGCGCUGGUUGGGAAUCUGGCUUGACAGCAAACUAACAUUCAAGACUCAUGUUGAGAAGUGGACAGCCACGGCUCAGGCGGUGGCUUGCCACUUGCGGAGCCUAGGCAAUACACGACGUGGUCCUUUGCCGAGCGCUGUACAAAGGGCUGUUAGAGCCUGUGUCGAACCGGUCCUGCUAUUUGGAACGGAAGCCUGGUACCCGGGAACACGGAGCCCGCGCUGGAGGCAGCCAUCGAAAGAAGGACCGUCCAGAAUCCAACAGCUCGUGAAGAAAAUGAGCAAAGCGAUCAAACAAGCCAUUCGCGCCAUCCUCCCAACCUGGAAGACGACGCCAAUCACAAUACUGCACCGGGAAAGCGGUAUACCGCCGAUUCUUCAACUCCUCGAGGCAAAACGAAUACGUUUCUCUGCGCGUAUCAAGUCCUUGGAUAAUGCACAUCCUCUCACCACACGAACUACAGAGGUGACACCACCGCCCAUCGUCAGAAGUGUUAAAUUGAGAUACCACCUCCCGCCCAAAACGUUUCCAACUCGACUCAGAAGAACUGACAAGCUCCUCGCAAAUUGCCAGCGACCUGCGCUUUUGCCACGCAGAUACAAAUCCGAAACACAGCAGCCGCUGCAAACUGCACCGAAAGCAGAUUCCGCCGAAGACUUUCACAAAUGGCUCCAAUCCAUCCCCCCAUCUACUGUGGUUGUAUACUCAGACGGCUCGCUGUCCGAGAAGGGUGCUGCCGGAUGCGGCUACACUGUUCACCAACGCGAUCACUCCAUUUGUCAAGGUGCAGGACGCCUCGGCCCUGCUGAGGUAUUCGACGCUGAGGCGAAAGGAGCACUUGAAGGCCUGAAGGCCGCACUGAGAUUACCACAAUCUACCUCUCAGAAGAUAGUUGUUUGCCUAGAUAACAUUGCAGCAGCCAGAUGCCUCCGGGGCCACCCAUCAGAUUCUUCACAACGAGUCUUCCUCACUUUCCAAGCCUUGGCGAAGACUCACAGACAAACCGACGUCCGCUGGAUCCCCGGACACACCAAAAUUGCAGGAAACGAGCAGGCUGACGCGCUGGCGAAAGCAGGCUGCUCCCGGCCAGAGCCCGUAGACGCUGUCCCGACACUGGCCUUCUUGCGUAGAACCGCUAAACAGCGGUCCAAAGACGUAGUCCAAGCCUGGUGGGACACCUCUGCCCCUGACAAGUAUAAGAUUUUGGGGCUUCAAUUCCCUCGAGGCUGCCCAAAGGAGCUUUCUCUCCCACGCACAACCCUCCACCACCUGCUUGCAGCGAGAACCCAUCAUGGCGACUUUGCCGGCUAUCAUGAAAGAUUCAAGCACGAAGAUGCACAAUUGACAUGUACUUGCGGCCGUCGAAAGGCGCCCAAGCACCUCUUCUACUGCAGGAAGAUCCAACCGCGUCAUCGGAUGAGGCUCGCACCCUCACCGACCGCGGUCAUCAACCGAGCAAUAGGCAAAGACUUCGACAAAUUCGUCAAGCUGGCGAAGGCAAGCUCCUUUUUCGAGAAGAUUUGCCUUCACCACUAG